ACUCCAUUGUUGCAUGGGAAAAAAGUUUUUAAUCUGGGGAUUUAAAGUGGAUCACAUGCUCUGACUGAACAACAGCGGCACGAGAGCACGCGCAUUCCACAGCAGCCUCGCGAGCAUCGUUUGUUUUCCUUGUCAAGAAACCCGCAAACAGAAAACACAGUGGGAAGAUAUCGAGGAAAAGUGGAAACACAUCAUUUUUUGAUGGACUAUUGCGGAUUUGGCGGUUUGUUUACAUAGUAAAUCGGGCAUUUAUUCACUGUCGGACAUGACGCAUUCCUACAGUCAGCGUACUCUCGUGUUACUCGCGUUUUUAGGGAUUUUGUCCGCAAUAAUGUCCGUAUUGUCCGUCAUUUUGAUCUUCCAGCUCCAAACGCAACAGGCUGUUAUAAAGGAUUCGUCUACUUUAGGGUCGAGUGAGAUCACAGCUGUGUUAAUGCCCGUUUCCACGGUCCUUUCAGCCUUGUCUCUGACACUCAACUUGAGCUCAGUUGUUGUGUGUUUGCUUCACAGCUAUUUCGCUACUGAAAUAUGCCGAGGAGAACCAGAUACACAAAGGGCCGACUGGUUUCUAUUGGAUAGCAGGGUUGUUCGGCAUGUGACCAUUGGACUGUUUUGCCUUGGAGUUUCAGUUUACAUAGCUGCCAUGUCCAUUUACAUGUUAUUGGUGUUUGAAGUUGAGACGGGCAUAGCCAGCGUGUGUGUGCUUUCCUCCGGUGUUCUUGUCCUGCUACUUAUUGUUAUUCACUCCCUAAUAAGGGCCGCACAUACAGCUAAACACUUCCGCAAUGAACAUGCCCACACUAUGUACCACAGCAACCAUGAAAACAUUGCUGCAAUCCGUACGUUGAACCUAAGCAUUGCGGAAAAGCCACGGAGGCAGCACAGCUUAGCCAACCUGCACAGCCACUUCAUCAACCCCGCUCACAUCGAUCCUAAAUCACAGUACUCGGCAUCCAAUGGUCCUCACGGCGAUAAGGAUGGCUACAGUGGAGGUGGGAGCGGACGGACGCACCGGACACUUUCGACAGAGUCCGGCCUGUUUCAAGCACAGGCCAAACCCUGGAAUGGGGUCAACAGCGAGAUGAGAUCUGUACUUGCUCGAAAAGCCACGAUCAAGGAUUCAACUUUAGUAUGAAUGGUAUCACAUCCAGUUCAGUGUUAAAGGGGUAGUUCACCCAAAACUGAAAAUUCGGUCAUUACUCACCCUCAUGUUGUUCCAAACCCGGAAGACCUUCGUUCAUCUUCGGAACACAAAUUAAGAUAUUUUUGAUGAAAUCUGAGAGCUCUCUGACCCUGCAUAGACAGCAACACAACUGCAAUGUUCCCAGGUCCAGAAACGUAGCAAGGACAUCAUUAAAAUAGUCCAUGUGACAUCAGUGGCUCAACUGUAAUUUUACGAAGCUACGAAAAUAGUUUUUUGUGCAAACAAAACAAUAACAACAUACUUUAUUCAACAAUUCUUGUCCCCGAGUUACCGCCAUUCUGGAGAGUACCCCAGAACGUAAUCGGCACUGUUUACGUUCAGUAGACAGCGCGCGCAUGCUGGCCGUAAACGACACUCAUUAGGUUGAUUAUGUUCUGGGGUACUCUACAAAAUGGCAAAAGACGGUAACUCGGGGAGAAUAACUGCAGAAUAAAUUGUUACUAUUCUUUUCUUUCCACACAAGAAGUAUUCUCGUAGCUUCGUAAAAUUACGGUUAAAUCCCUGAUGUCACUAGGGAUGUAACGAUAAAAUUCCCCACGGUUAGUGGCACAGUUUUAAGUGACAGUCUCACGUGCGCACAGCAGCAGAGUAGUUUCCUUUUGAGCGAAAAUAGGGCUGAGGGAAUUAUACAAAUGAAUUAAUUCAUUAUAUGAAUGUACCUCUGAAGGUUCUGACUGUCUUCAGAAACAAUUUGAUGGCAUUUUGUUUUCAUCUUCGCUCCAUGUAAUAUCUAAAGGAAGUGUUGUUAAUCGCAAUACUGCUUUGUCCACAGAGUUCACAGGAAACAGCUGUAAUUCAGCUUUUCCAUCAGCGCCACCUGCUGUCAGAGAGUGGAUUUACAGAGACUUAUAUUUACAUUCAGGUGCUAUCGGAAUUAUCGUAAAUAUGAGCUUCCUAGUCGGAAAUUGGACAUGAACGGCCUUAGAGAGGCCUUAUAUGGCAAAUUUCCGACUAGGAAACUCGUAUUUACGAUAAUUCCGAUUGCACAUGAAUGCAGCAUAAUAUUUACAUUCAGUCUGUGUGCAGCUUCUGUCUGGCCAAAAACGGACCGAAUUUGCAUGCCCUGCUGUAAAUUUUGACCGGUUGAGGAAAAACAAGCUUAUGUGGAUUCUACACAUUUAAACAAUUCAGAUUAGUUCAUCUUGGUAAUGUUAUUGUUUUAGUGAUUAUGCAAACAAAAAGUUAUUUUAUUUGUUGUUUGUUGAUUUUUAAAUAUAAAACUUGAAGUGAUUUGUGUGUCGGUACUUUUUGAACAUUUCCAGCACAUUUUAACAAUACCAUGAUAAUACUGAUAAUUUUGGUCACUAUAAUCGUGAUAAGAAAUUUGUUACAUCCCUAGAUGUCACAUGGAGUAUUUUACCGAAGUCCUUGCUAUGUUUCUGUGCCUUGACCGUGGUAGUUCCCUUGCUGUCUAUGGAGGGUCAAGAGAGCUCUUGGAUUUAAUCAAAAAUAUCUUAACUUGUGUUCCGAAUUUGAACAAAGGUCUUCCGGGUUUGGAACGACAUGAGGGUGAGUAAUUAAUGACAGAAUUUUAAUUUUUGGGUGAACUAUCGCUUUAAGAUGGGCAUUAUAUACUACAUUAUGUGGCUUUAUAUAACGGGCCUCAUUUAAUAUAUACGCAUAGACACUUGCGGCCAAAAGUUUGAAAUAGUUAUUUUUAAAAAAUUAUGUUUUUGAAAGAAGUCUCUUAUGCUCUGUAAGCCUGCAUUUAUUUGAUGAAAACAUUAACAUGGUGAAAUAUUUACUUUAAAUUGUAAUAAUAUUUCACAAUAGUACUGCUUUUUCAUCAAAUUAUUAUAUUCAUGUGACAUUUAAAGCAAAAUGUGUAAAAAUCUAUGUAUUUUUUGUACACCUAAUAUCAAUUUACAGGUGUUAGAUUACUCUAAUUGUUAAAAUGUAAAAUAAUAAUGUGAAAUUACUACUGAAAUACUUGAGAAUUUGUGUAGCUGAAGUAUAGUGAAUUGUUCUCUUUUUUACUAGAAAGACAUAUUUUGGAACAGAACAAUAGAACUAUAAAAGUUCAGAAAAAAGGCAUAAUUGAAUAACUCAUGGGAGAAGCUGAUCUGAAUCAGUAUUUAAAGUUUCUGUCAUAAUAAAAUUGAAAUACUAUGAAUUGUUUUUCUUAAUGAAAUUUUGUACAUAAACGAUCAAAUUACCACUAAUACUGCAUGCGUGAUGUAGAAAGAAACAAAAAAUGAAGUAAA